AUGGGGUUGUUAAGUAUUAUAAAGAAACAACGAGAGAAAGAUAGGGAAAUAAGAAUAUUGACUCUUGGCUUGGAUAACUCAGGCAAGACAACGGUGGUCAAGAAAAUCCUCAAUGAGGACACUGAUAAGGUAUCGCCUACCAUGGGGUUUCAAAUAAACACAGUGAUUUACGGCGACUAUACUUUAAACAUAUGGGAUAUAGGCGGGCAGACUACCUUAAGAAGUUUCUGGGGCAACUAUUUUGAGAGAACGAAUGUGGUCAUGUGGGUUGUAGACUGCUUGAGUCAGGAAAGACUAAGAGAAUCUUAUAAGGAACUCAGAGAAAAAGUAAUACUGCAAGACAAACUUGUAGGAAUUUAUUUGGCGGUAUUGGUCAACAAAAUUGAUCUAAUAAAUGCUGAAAAGUUCACAGUAGUCGAGGAGCAAAUAAGAAACGUACUAGACUUAAACAGCCUUCCCGAUAAGAAUAAGAUAACAGUUCAGUUAGUGAGCGGAAAAACCGGAGAAGGAUUACCACAGGUUCUCAAUUGGAUUACAACUAGAGUGUACUGA